AUGGCAGAUUUCGCACUGCUACCACAGCUAGAGGAGAACGUAUGUGUGUCACCAUCCUUGGUCACCGCCAUCGCCAAGCAUGCUUCCUCUCUCAGUGAGAGUAUUUGCAAGGACUACGACGAAUUGAAUAAGAUCGUUAUUCGACACGAAGCGACGAUACGGAAGAGGUGGUUGAAGAAGACUCAGGCUCAACGGCGAGAUGUUAUGCUCAGGGCGUGGCCGAACAUGGCAGAAACGCAUCGCCCAGACUACACAGAAGUCAAUGGUUAUCUCAAAUACACCAAGUUGUCAAAUAACCUAAGAAAAUCAUCUCAGAUAUGGCCCUUCAUCAACCUUGAAGAUCUUACAAAACCGAAGUCUUUGCUGAUAUUUCUCAACGCACGUGCUCGGAAUGUUCCAUUCAUGUUUACGCUUACGGAAGAGGCGUUUAGCCCAUUGGCAGUCAUGUCGAUGUGCUCCUACGAGCCCAAGCUAGAACAAUACAGCCUACAAAUCUCAAGCGAAACAACACCUACGCUUUACGUCAGGAUGCAAUCUGUCGACAAGGCCGAAGGCCCCGACAUCCCGAGCGAAAAUGCAUCCACUGAAUGCCCUCGUCGCGGCAUAUACCAUUUGUUUAUUCAACAUAAGAUCAUAGGAUUCUUAGCUGCGUGCAGCAAGCUGAUCUUGCAUGACAUGGACCAGGAUAUGCUGUACUGUAGCGCCAUUCAGGAGGAGCCACCGUCAUCUGAACUUGACCUACCAAACGACUUGGGAUUUACAAACUUUGCUGACACACUCAUGGUUGCUCCCUAUCGAAACCGAGGGUCGGUCGAGUUCCUCAGAUUGCGCGCGUAUUUCGACGCUCUAUGCACCAAUGCAAAGGAUCAUAUCCUAGCACUGCGCGAGGAUCCAUCUUAUUUCGCCGAUGCUUUCAAAGAUAUCUGCGAGCACAGUGCUGAAUUGAUACGAGACCUUGACGGACAUAUCGACCCGCGUGUGGAUAGCAAGUGUUUCCUGAUGUGCAAUGCUGCCAAGAUGGUCACCAAUGCGUACAGCAUGUUCUUCUCCUGGGGAGAACUCUAUCGGAUUACCGACCUCUUAUCGAAGACAUCUAUGCAGGAUCAAGGUGCUGAUUUUGCUUCUUUGAUGGCUGAGUUUAACUGCAGCGUUCGGCGUGUGUCUAAACGCGUAUACCGGAUACUCGCGUGUGCAUCAAUGUCGCCUAAUGUUCGCAAAUUCUACUUUCGGACAAACCGUCACAUAGUAAUGAAGCUAUGGGAUAUCUGGUCACUUGAGGAGUUUCAGCUGAUGUCGUCAUUUGAGUGUUUCAAUAUGGGCGGAGACUGCGAAGACGUCAAGGACGAGGCGCUGUACCUUCUCUUAGAUCAUGUCACCACGAUAAUGCGGGAGAAAAAAGCAGCGAGAGACUUGGUAUCACCUCGAGUUUCCGAGCUGUUUGCGCAAAUGUCCGUCAUGGGAGAGUGCGCGAUGCAGUUGAUGGUGUGGCGCGAUACACCACAAGGAUCUACCUUUGACAUGGAUACGCCGCAUUCCCACGCCCACUAUGCCGAUUUCUAUGACUGGCUUGACCAUCUGAGUCACGAUUACAUGCCAGUACACGUCGUCAAUCCAUUCCGAGGAAAACUGGAUUACCCUUCCCACAAAGCUCGCAACCCAAAAACUGUCAAAGCCAUGCGCGAUGCAGAAAAGAACCUCGACAAAUUCUGGGAGUAUGUCGAUAAGUCUUAUGAGACAAAGACGGGGAUUUCACAGCAUGAAGUCAUUCGCAAAUGCAUUGCUGAGGGUGGCCCAAUGCAGCGUACACCAGCCUGGGAGGAUCAUGUGAAGGCAAAGUCAAUCCAGCCAGAGCAAUUGGAGAGUAUCUACCAGCUAUUCUCUGAGGUUUCUCAUAACAGAGAUGCGCAGAUCACUGGAGCGUUUGACAAACUUGCGGUAGGAGAGAAGGUCAAACCGAAGACAAAGGGAAGCCUAGAAUCCGUGAUAGUUGAUGUACCUCCGACACACAUGGUCGGCACCGCUGAUGAAGGAAGUGUCCCGCAGGUUCUCAGGUUGGACAAGCGCGCCCUGAAGGCCAUGAAAACGCUUUUCCAUGUUCCUCAGUCGGACCAUGACGAUCUCCCCAAGGGAGUAAAGUGGCAUGAGUUCAAGCGGGCCAUGGCGCACAUUGGAUUUGCUGUUGAGAAGCUGCAGGGCUCGGCAUGGCAGUUCACGCCCGGUGAGUCGCUUCAUGUUCGUCGUGCUAUUCAAUUUCACGAGCCACAUCCAGUCAGUGACAUCACGUACAUCAUGGCAAAGCGAUUUGGGAGGAGGCUUGAGAGGGUGUAUGGUUCGAACGGCGCUAGUUUCCGACCCGCUUGA